GGCGCCGGGCGCGCCGCCGGGCCGAGGGAUGCAGACGGCGGGCCGCGCGCCGCGGAGGCGGGAGGGCCGCGGGAAGGGCUGCGCCGCCCCCCCGUCCCCAUCGGAGCCGAAGGAGCGGAGCCGGGAGUUCCCCGCAGAGCCGCCCCCCACGCCGGGUCCGCUGCGGGGCGAUGUCGGAGCGCUCGCCGUUAGGUUGGAGGACCUGGAAAAAGUGCGUGUUUGUCCCGGCGCAAAAAGCGGCCUUCGCUGGGCGGGUCUCGGGGGGCGCCUUUAGCGGAGCUCCGCGCCCGCGGUUGAACCCGAAGCCCGGCUGCGCUCAGCCCGUCCGCCCUUCGCUCCCUUCGCCGGCGGUUCGCGGCGCAGCGCUGCCCGCGGGGAACGGCUCCGCGCGGUCCUUCGGCUGUGGCUCUGCGUGUUCCGAGCAGCUGCGGCGCGGCCCGCUGUGCCGGGGGAGCACCGGGCAUCGGCUGGCAUAGGAAACCGUCGGGAAAGCGGCUGAGACUGCUUUCCCUGCGCCGGUUAUAACGCGGAGCCCGGAGCAGCGGGGCGGUAACCGAAUGGGCGUCCCGCAGUCAGACACGGCGGAGAGCAGCGGCCAAACGCUGCACCUGGAAGCUCCGCGCUCCACGCCCGCCCCGCGAUGCUGGGAGGAUUCCGGUGAGGAGGAAAUUCCUCGUUCGGAAAUGCCAGCCCAGGGAGACCCGCAGCGCAGGGCAGCUCCUGGUGGCGCGGCCGGCCUUCCCCAGGGCAGCCCGGGAGCCGCUGCGCUUCUCCGGGCCGGCGCUGUUCAAUGGGGGCUGCGGACAAAUUCUUCCUCAUCACGUCCUGGGAAGUCUCCAGGAGUUGCGGAUGGAGGCCUCGGCCAGAGGAAACGCUCAGAUAGCAGAUUUUAUUCAGGCUCCUCAUCAAAAUGUUGCUGCAGCGGUUUUAAAAGAGGAACGUGGGGGAAAGGCAAAGAGAAAGUUUAAUCGGACCCCAACAUCAGAACACAAAGCGCUGCAGAACUGGCACCGUAAUAUGGCAAUCAGGAGGAGGCAGGAGACGUUUCUGGGAGAAGUUCUUCAGAAGCCAGAGAAUGAGCUGCUGAUGAGCAUCUCGGAGGAUUACAGACAAAUCCAGGAAGAGCGUGAGCUCAUUGACCGCAGUCUCCCUGCUCUGUUUCCUGGAAAGGGCUACCGAGCAGGAAGCGAGUUCUGGAGCCAGCCUGAGCGUGUCGGGGAUGAGCUCACCGGGCUGACGGUGACACUGACACGGAGGGAGCGGGGCUGCCCAGAGCCCGUCACUCAUGUGGGGAAGCCCCACACUGUUCGGAUGGAAACGGGUGUGAAGCCUCCAAAGAGGAGCCCUUUCCAUCUGACCUGGGAUAAGAGUCUUUUCCUGAAGCAGCGGCGGCAGGAGCUAAAAUCUAUCCUAGAGGAGCUGGAUUUUUAUCAGCCGGAUCUGGAUGGCCUGGAGGUGAUUGGCAAAGGGCGGCCAUUCACAUCGGUCUCAGCGCAGCCUCUUCCACGUUCCGCUGCUUUUGAAGACUCUGAGACCUCCAGUGACUCCUUGGAGGACCGUUGCAGUGUGGUUCCAGAAACAGUGCUGGGUCCGUCUUUAGACUUCUGUGGUCAGCCUGCAUGUUGGAUCAACUGCAUCGCUUCGUGCAGGGACGAGGUUGGCAUUGCUGCCAGGCUCACUUUUGAGACUGUGGUUGGUGAGAAAGCUGAAAGCUUCCUGACAGUGAGCAAUGAUGGCACCGCUGCUGUCUGGUAUAACUGGAGGAGGCUUCUCCAGCAGAUCCCUUCCAGAGAAGCCAUGAGGAUGAGGAUGAGGAUGCGGUGUUUUUACUUUGAUGCCAGACCAGGUGUAAUUCUGCCUGGAGAAACAAGGACGUUUUUUUUUCUGUUCAAGUCAGAGAGAGCUGGCAUUUUCAGUGAGUGCUGGGAGUUCAGGACGCAUCCUCUGCUAUUGGGAGGAGCUCUGCUGCAGGUGACCCUGUGGGGAAUUGCUGUGUCUGAGGAUAAAUUGGCUGACCUCAGAGAAAAACUGGAGGCUGACGUGGCUGCUCAGGAGGGUGCUGCUAUUGUAGAGGAGACUCUGAAGGACCUUCUUGUCCAAAUUCGGACCCCAGAGCGCACUCCGUCUCCCGUGGAUGUGUGCAUCACAGAGGAAGAGUUAUUCCACAGGAAGAAUCCCAAGUUGCAUUAUCAGCAUCGAGUGGUGGAGCAGCUGUGUGACCUAUGGAGACAGCACAGCACUGCUCCGCCAGCCCUGGGGGAGGAGGUGCCCUCAGACCAGGAGAGUGCCGUGGAGGACGUGAGGUCCCAGCAGGGUGUCCUGGGGGCUCUCUCUGCCCAGGAGGGCUCAGACUGGAAGAGCACCCUGGAAGCGACUCCGAGUCGAGUGUCAGAUGUGGGGGAGGAGGAACCCGGCAGCUCAUCGUGGAACUUCUCAUUCGAGGACUUGCAGCAGGCUCUGAAGUCCAUCCCGCAGGAGGAGCAGCGAGAAGCAGCGCUGUCCCAGCUCAACGAGGCACUGCUGGAGCUUUGUGCUGAGCAGAGGCCAACGCAGUCAGACCUUCUGCAUCAAACCUGCCUCCAGCUGUGGCGUGAGGCAGUAGAUGGGCUGGUGGGGCACUCCGUGAGGCUGAGAUCCCAGCUUGGAUUGCCUGAGAGGGACACCUGCGUGGAUGUUGGUCCGGAGGGAAGAGGGGAAGAAAAGCAACCUGUAGAGGAAGGUGACAAAAUAACUGGGAGAAGAGAAGAGAAAACGUCAGUUGGUGGUAAGGAUAAAGAAGACAAAAGGAGGACAACGAAGACUGCUGGAAAAGAGAAAGAGGAACGCCCAAACAGCAGAAAGUCGAAAGUGAAGGAGAAGAAGAAGCUGAAAUCUGGCAGCUCCUCAGAGAAGGAGAUGGCACAGCCCACAGGAGCCGCAGCUGCAGCCCCUGCCGCACCCCCUCGGGAGCAGAUGGACCCCACUGUCUGGGGGCUGUACCAGGAGAAGCUUUACGUCGAACAAGGUGGGUGUGACGAGCGAGGGAAGGCGGCCCUGAUUCCAGGCUGGAGCCCAUUAACAGAAAUGCAGCCAUCUCCACGUGUGGGAUUUCUGCCUGGGAUGUCUUUUGCACACUUGGGGACUCUGGAGGGAGCAGCAGAAUUAAUUGUAUCUCAGACAAUGUUAAACACACUUCAUAGCCAGGAAGGCUGUUGCUGGAGCUCGGGUCUGUGAGCAGGCAGCUGCUUCUCGUGUGUGCGCCCAUACACGGCUACACCCCUCUGUUAGAAACCAGCUCUGCUCUGUCCAUCUCAUCAGGAUUUCAUCACUCAUUUUCACUGCACGUGUCUUCUGUUAACUUCUGCUGCAGGUUUAUGGGCUGCUGGAUUCCAUGGUGAGCAAGAUGGUGUCUUUAUUUGAAGAACUGGAACAAAACACUGUGCUUUGAAGUGGGAGAGUGAAGCCCUUUGUAAGUAGAAAUGGACUCGGUCAAUAAAGCAAUAGCCAUGCUUGCACGAGA